ACAGGAGUCCUGCCAGGCUUCAUGUGGGGCUGGAUCGAACGUGUUACUCCUGCUUUUCAUUGGCGAUAUAAGCAGACUGGAAUAUCUUUCUGACCCACACUCACACAUGCUGCAACUGGAUUGAAUGCUAUCGCUACAGCAGAUAUAAUGACGAAAGUGGCAGUUAUCUGGACAUGUACUUUAGUCAUCUGCCUGUUUGUUGACUACUGUUAUACGCAGAAGCUGAAUAUCCACUGGGGCCCUCAGUCCAUGAUGUACUUAAAGGGCAAACAUGGCAGGAGGUUUGUCUCAGAGGACAACAACAGUGUUUUGAAGCAGUGCCUCCUUGGCUGGUAUGCAGUGAUCCGAGGCAUCCAGAAACUGCAGUCGCUGGACUUCAAAAGACCCAGUCACAUUCUGAGCUCAGAGAAAGUCCUCAUACACUACCUCCAGAAGAGAUGAGGCACACCAGCUCGGACUGUGUACACGCAAUCCAAACUGACAGUUCAUUGAGAAAAAGGCCUAAACACCAUUUCACCUCAGUGAAUACACAGUGACGUGGUACUACAACAAGAAUCUAGCAUGCCAGCUCUGGUAAAGCCAGUGAAUUAUUAGAUAAUUAUGUGUAUAUUUGAAUUGUUCAUGCAUGAUAGCU